CAAUUCGCGACCAUCCAAAACACCGAGAGACUGGGCAGCCGUGGCCUGCGAGGUUGACAGACACGCCAUAGCCGCGUUCCAACGAAUUACAUUUUGCCAGCCCUUACUUGAAAAGGCCGUUAAUAUGGCUUUCGCACGGUCGGCCAGCGGCCCCGGUGGGCUCAGCAUCAACACGGGCUCGUCCAAUCUCUUUGGAACAGGCACCAGCCAAGCUCCAGCAGGAGGUGGACUCUUUGGCAGCGCGACUUCCCAGCCUGCCCAGACGGGUUCUUUGUUCGGCACGACCACUUCGCAGCCGCAGCAGUCCGGAUCCCUCUUUGGGUCGACAACAACCCAGACGCCCGCUUCGCAACCCCAACAAACCGGUGGCCUAUUCGGCCAGACGACGACGGCGACUAGCCAACCCCAGCAGACAGGAGGUCUGUUCGGCUCUACUACUACACAAAAACCGCAGCAGACAACCGGAGGCCUGUUUGGAAGCACGACGACAUCGCAGCCAGCGCAAACGGGCGGCCUAUUCGGUGGAACGACGACACAGACCACACAGCCGGCGCAAACGGGCGGUUUGUUUGGCAGUACGACGACGACACAGCAGCAACCGCAACCCCAGACGACGGGUGGGCUCUUUGGCAGUUCGACCGCAAAUACUGGCGGCAUGUUUGGGGCAAAACCGGCGACAACGAGCACGGGGACUGGCGGGCUCUUUGGCCAACAAGGGCAGCAAACCCAGCAGCAGCAACAGCAACCAGCAAGCGGCCUGACGCUCGGCCAAUCGACAUCCCAACAGCAGGUCGUGCCCGGCGUGCGGAUCGAUUUGAGCAACAUCAAGUCCACAACCCGCUUCAACGACUUGGAGGAAUCCCUCCAGAAGGAGAUUGCCCAGAUCGACGAGGCCAUCCAGCGGUGCAUGAAGGAUAAGGAUGCCGUCGACGCCUUCCUUCCCUCGCACGGCGAGCAGCUGGCCGCCAUCCCGACCGACGUCAGCUUCGUGACGCGCAAGUCCGAGGGCGCGCACAACGCGCUGUCCAGCGACAUUCGCGCCAUCAACCAGCUCCGUGAGCUGGUCAAGCAGGACGCCGACCACGCGCGCCUGUCGUUCAAGGCGAUCGACAACCUCAAGUUGCCGACGCAGUACCACCAGGCCGGGCUGUGGUCGAACAGAGGGCAGCAGGUCGGGGGCGGGGGAGGCGCUGGCGCUGGCGGCGCCGUGGAUGCUCAGAGCAACACGGAUCUGAUCAGCUACUUCUCGCGGACGGCGGAUGAGAUGGACGAGAUGAUGAAGAAGUUCGAGAAGAACCUGGGCGAGAUCGAGGUCCAUCUGCACGGCGUGCAAGGAAGCAUGCUGGAGCAGAUGCAGCGGGUCGCGGCCCAGAACAAGAGUGCCGCCCAGGGAGGCGUCGACGAGAGGGUUGUUGAGCUCGCCGCCGUGCUGCGGGAUUUCGAGGAGAGCAUCCUCAAGGUUGCCGGGGUCGUGGGAGGUGUAAAGGAGGGCGUCACGGAACUGCAAUUGAAGGAUUUUAUGGGCCAUGGCAGCUGAGCGUCCGAGGCCGCAACAGCUGCUGGAUUAAUGGGACGGGGCGAGUGUACAAUAAUGUAGCAGACGCAGAAGUAAAGAAGGGCCAUGGGGCGCCCAUCCAUCCAACGUGUUUUAUUUGUAUCUUUGCAUGCCGUAAGGACCAGGUUCACUAAACCCGCACAAAAAUUGAUAUCACUCUGCCAUGCCUGGCCUUUAACCGCUACCUGUCUAUCCCCGA